UAAAAUAGUGUUGUAUUUGCUCCUGUGAUUUUGUGUUUUCCGCUGUGCCUCAACAAACUGAUUGUGAUAAUAAUAAAAUCAUGCAUCCAGUAGGGCAGCAAUCAUCGUCUUUGUUGUGUAAUUGCGUAUAAAAAAUACCUUUGAAUAACACACAAACAAACAAUAAUUUGACAAUCGAAAAACGUGCACUGCGAAGCACGUUUUAACCUGUUCCCUCCGCGAAUCAUAUUGUGUUAUUCAAACUCUUUGCAUUACUCUCGACUAAGAGUGGUCUGUAUAUAGCUGGAAUUAAAUUAUUCAACUGAAUUUUGUUGGUAUUACAUCGACGACGACAUCAUCAACCAUCGUAAACAAUCCUGCUGUAUCCUAGUCGUUGCAUACCAAUUGAUUGAAAAAAAAAAAAAAAAAUACGAGAUCCACCAAAAUAGAAAAUCAUGUCGAACAACCAAGAAAAUGGCUAAAAAAAACUACAUAUGCAGCUCAUUGACACCAAUCGAAAUUCACCAAUUAAACCAAGUCUAAAUAAACAAAAAAACUACCAAUAAACAAAUCAAAGAAAAACAUAACACACAAACGAUUUGCUAAAAGAACCAUUGAAAUAAAUAAUAAUACAAAUUGAUUUAAAAAAAGAGAGAACAACUAAAACUCCUAUACAAAACUUUGAUAAGAACAAACAUACAUAAAAAACCAAAAUGUGGGAAAAAAGUGAAUCACCAACUGCUUCUGAGUCUGCUGUGAGCACAACGACAACAGCAACACCCGGACCAUUAACUGGCGUUGUAUCAGCAGCAGCACCCGUUCAGCCGGAUCUCCCAGUGUUCACAUGCCCACGUCGGCCAAAUUUGGGCCAUGAGGGUCGUCCAAUAUUAUUGCGCGCCAAUCAUUUUCAGAUUUCAAUGCCACGUGGUUUCGUUCAUCACUAUGAUAUAAACAUUCAGCCGGACAAAUGUCCCCGAAAAGUGAAUCGUGAAAUUAUUGAAACAAUGGUUCAUGCAUACAGUAAAUUAUUUGGUGUAUUGAAACCAGUAUUUGAUGGUCGAAAUAAUUUGUAUACACGUGAUCCAUUGCCAAUUGGUAAUGAUCGUUUGGAAUUGGAGGUAACAUUACCGGGCGAAGGAAAGGAUCGUGUAUUUCGUGUAUCGAUCAAAUGGUUGGCCCAGGUUUCAUUAUUCAAUUUGGAAGAGGCACUUGAGGGUCGUACACGUCAAAUUCCAUACGAUGCCAUUUUGGCAUUGGAUGUUGUUAUGCGACAUUUGCCAAGCAUGACAUACACACCAGUCGGCCGUUCGUUCUUCAGUUCACCAGAUGGUUAUUAUCAUCCAUUGGGUGGCGGUCGUGAAGUUUGGUUUGGUUUCCAUCAGAGUGUUCGACCAUCACAGUGGAAAAUGAUGCUUAACAUUGACGUUUCGGCGACUGCAUUUUAUAAAGCACAACCAGUAACGGACUUCAUGUGCGAAGUUCUCGAUAUUCGUGACGUAUUAGACCAGCGAAAACCACUUACAGAUUCACAGCGUGUCAAAUUUACAAAAGAAAUUAAAGGCUUAAAAAUCGAAAUCACACAUUGCGGAACAAUGAGGCGAAAAUAUCGCGUGUGCAACGUUACACGGCGUCCAGCUCAAAUGCAAUCAUUCCCAUUACAAUUAGAAAACGGACAGACGGUUGAAUGCACCGUAGCGAAAUAUUUCCUUGAUAAAUACAAAAUGAAAUUGAAGCACCCACACUUGCCAUGUCUGCAAGUGGGUCAAGAGCACAAGCACACAUAUUUGCCACUGGAAGUCUGCAACAUUGUUGCUGGACAGCGUUGCAUCAAAAAAUUAACCGAUAUGCAAACAUCAACAAUGAUCAAAGCAACUGCCCGAUCAGCUCCUGACAGAGAACGGGAAAUUAACAAUUUGGUACGACGGGCCGAUUUCAAUAAUGACGCCUAUGUGCAAGAGUUUGGUUUGACAAUUUCCAACAGCAUGAUGGAGGUACGCGGUCGUGUUCUUCCUCCACCAAAACUACAGUAUGGUGGCCGUGUGUCAUCGAUCAGCGGGCAACCAUUAUUUCCUCCACAGAAUAAAGUGAGCCUUGCAUCUCCCAACCAAGGUGUUUGGGAUAUGCGUGGCAAACAAUUUUUUACCGGUGUCGAAAUUCGCGUAUGGGCUAUCGCUUGUUUCGCACCACAACGUACUGUACGCGAGGACUCGUUGCGCAACUUUACACAACAGCUACAAAAAAUAUCGAACGAUGCUGGUAUGCCAAUAAUUGGACAGCCAUGCUUCUGCAAAUAUGCCACCGGACCCGAUCAAGUUGAACCAAUGUUCAGAUACUUAAAGAAUAGCUUUAAUGCACUACAACUUGUUGUAGUCGUACUUCCAGGAAAGACACCUGUUUACGCCGAAGUAAAACGAGUCGGUGACACCGUAUUGGGAAUGGCAACACAAUGUGUACAAGCAAAAAAUGUUAAUAAAACAUCGCCACAAACACUAUCCAAUUUAUGUUUAAAGAUCAAUGUUAAACUCGGCGGCAUCAAUUCAAUCUUAGUACCAUCGAUACGACCAAAAGUAUUCAAUGAGCCAGUCAUAUUCCUUGGAGCUGAUGUGACUCAUCCACCAGCUGGUGACAAUAAAAAACCAUCAAUUGCAGCCGUUGUUGGAUCAAUGGAUGGUCAUCCAUCGCGAUACUCGGCCACCGUCCGUGUUCAACAGCAUCGACAAGAAAUUAUUCAAGAGCUUAGCAGUAUGGUACGUGAGCUUCUGAUUAUGUUCUAUAAAUCCACCGGUGGCUAUAAGCCACAUCGAAUCAUUUUGUAUCGUGACGGAGUCUCUGAAGGUCAAUUCCCACAUGUGUUGCAACAUGAAUUGACAGCAUUGCGUGAAGCUUGCAUCAAAUUGGAAGCUGAUUAUAAACCGGGAAUCACAUUUAUUGUCGUUCAAAAACGGCAUCACACACGUCUAUUUUGUGCUGAUAAAAAAGAACAAAGCGGUAAAUCUGGCAAUAUUCCAGCUGGUACAACAGUCGAUGUUGGCAUUACACAUCCAACCGAAUUCGAUUUCUACUUAUGCAGUCAUCAAGGUAUUCAGGGCACAAGUCGACCAUCACAUUAUCACGUUUUAUGGGAUGACAAUCAUUUCGAUUCUGAUGAAUUGCAAUGUCUUACGUAUCAAUUGUGUCACACAUAUGUUCGAUGCACAAGGUCGGUGUCAAUACCAGCGCCAGCAUAUUAUGCACAUUUGGUUGCAUUCAGAGCCAGAUAUCAUUUGGUUGAAAAAGAGCAUGAUUCGGGUGAAGGGUCUCAUCAAAGUGGUUGUUCAGAGGAUCGCACGCCUGGUGCAAUGGCCAGAGCAAUAACCGUACAUGCCGAAACGAAAAAAGUGAUGUAUUUUGCAUAAGCAACCACACAUUUUCAAAGAGAAAAAAAACAAGUAACAACCACAAAACACAUAACACACACACACACACGGAAAACAUCCCACAGAUUUUGCUUCAAUUUUUUAUAUAUAAUUAUCUAUAUAUAUACAUAGCUAAAGGGAAAGAAGAACCUAACUAUCUAAAUUUAAUUUUCAUUGAUCAGAUUACAUGCGCAACCAUUUACAUUUUUUUUUUUUGAAAACCUAGUUAUCGAUAGAUAUGAUAAUUUUUAAACAGAGACAAAUAGAUAAAAGUGAGAAAAAGAAAGAAAGAAAAAAAAAUGUUGAAAUUGAUGAACACAAAAGUAUAGAAAUUAUUCUCGUAUCUCCACAGUAAAGUGUGGAAUCAAUCAAAACAAAGCGCCAAAUUGGAACUCUUUUUCAAAACAAUAACAGUUAGCAUGUCAUCAUUUAUGAUUAUCAAUAAUAAUCCCACUUAUUUAGUUGUGUUUCUUUUUUUUUAUCUCUUAAUUUGUAACUUAUGUCAAUAAUAAUUCGCAAUAUGAUCUUUACAACAACAAUAACAAAAAAAAAACGUUUAGUAAGAAACAAAAUACUAGAAGCAACUGAAUGAGCAACACAACCAAGAGGAGAAUGCAAAACAAAAUGAUUUUCUAAGACAAUAUUCUUUUGUGCGCGCACGAAGAAUAAAUAAGACGAAAAUCCAAAAUUAGGUUUCAUAUUCUUUAAUAGAGUUAACCUCGUUUCAUUUUUUUUUUUAUUAAUUAACUAAUUUUUGUUCAUACAUACGCCAAAAUGCACUUACUACAUUUCAAUCGAUAUGCAAGCAUUACAUAUAUAUUCGGUUGUUUGAGUUAAUUUUUGUUCAUUUUUGUCACUUUCUUUGGACCUGGUACCAAUUUACCUCCAUCCCCCAAAACAAUUUGCUUUAAUUGAAUUAGUUUAGCGAGAUAUUAAAUUUAGUUAUUCAAUUUUUUUUUUUUGUAAUAUGAAAAAGUGAAAACGAACGAACGAAAAUGAAACGAUUAGUCGUUUGAGUGAAUAGGCGACAGAAUGCAUCAACAUUUUUGUAAAAUGGGGCUUAUUGCAAACCAUUUUGCAUCGUUGCAUUGAAUGUCAUGGUCUCAUUGGACUUAUUGUUGUCACUUUGUCUGUCUACUUAAAAUUGACUAUUUUAUUUUCGAUUCACACAUUGUAUCAUGUAUAAAUUUGUUGGAAAAACAACAACAACAUUACGUUUAUUCUAGUUGUUAAUGUUAUUUAAACAAAAACAAAACAAAACACAAAAAAAGACGUGAAGAAGUUAAAUACAAAACAGUAAUCCGAACCGAAUAAUAUUUAUCGAAUGCGUGUAUUAGAAGUGUGAGUGUAUAGAGAAAUGUCAUCUCUGACUCAAUCUUGCUCUCUUUCGCUCCUCGUUGAUCAUAAUAUGUUGCAACACUUGAAGUGAGAGAACACAGAUCAAAGUGGAAUGACUAUUGACAAAACCAACAAAACGAAAAGAAGAAAAAAUUACAAACAAUCAAUCAAUCGAUCACAAUUGUCGAUCAAAGCAUGACGGCUUUUUCUGCAAAUUUUUUUUUAAAUAAAGACGAUUUCACCGAUAAGUGUAAGAUCAAUUUUUUAGUGGGUGUAGAUUUUUUUUUUUGUUCAUAUUUAUCAAUAUUUUUUUCGUGGGUGUAAAUUUUUCUUUUGAUUCAUAUUAUUUAAAAAAAAAACACACACACACAAACAUAUUUAAAAAAAAAACAAAGCUUUAAUUAUAUCCUCAAAAUGGCAAAUUUUUUUAAGAGUUAACACAAAAAAACAGAAAUUACAAAUAAAUUGUUAACAAUAAUUUUUCUCUGUUUUUGUGUAUGGUAAUGAAAAUAAUCAAAAGAAAAACGUCUUGUGGCAAACUGCAAUUUCGAUUCAAUUUUUGAAAACGAUGCAUUUAAAAUGGAAACAAACAAAGAGUAUGCAAGCCAACCGACCUGAGAAUUAGUUUUAAAACAUAUAGUGAUGAUAAAAAUGAAGAAUAUGAAGAAAAAUAAAACAAAACUGAUGACAGAAACUAAUUAUCGUACACACUUAGAGUAUAGAAAAAUCACAAGUCACCGAAACCAAAACAUUUGCGCGCAAGCAUGAAACAACAGUAUAACAACAACAAUUGUACGGCCGCGAUGAGAAUAAGCAACAUGGAAAUAGAACAUUUUAAAAGAAACAAAAAAAAA